AUGAACCACCAACUCCAGGAAGAACAAGAAGUCACACGACUAGAGGCCGAAUUGAAGUUAGCUCGAGAACGGACCGAGAAUGCCAAUUUCAAACUGAAAAUACGACAGUUGGAAAUCGAAAAGGGACGAGCUACAGAAGUGGCGCUUUAUUCUAGGCGGGAGCUGGUCGACAAACUCAACGAGGUUUGUGCCCUCGACGCUCAAAAUCGUCGACUCAAACAGCAAAACUCAAAGCUUCGACAGCAACUCAGACGCCAACAACCGCUUCAACGAAGAAGAAGAAACCAACAAGGCCAGCGAAGACCGUGGCAAAGAAGACCGUUCCCUUGCGUCAACACCCGGCCUUUAGCCUAUGACUAA